AGCUGAUCGGGCUGUACUACCGCCUGAUCCACCCGGCUCAUCCGUUCCUCCUUCCUCAGACCAGAUACAACCAGGACGAGGGCGUCUUCCCACGGCAUCUCAAGCACGCCAUGUGCUUCAUCGCCAGUCACCACGCGACUGUGAGCGCCACCGAGAAGCAGCGAUUCAGUGAUGCGAGCAACGCCAUCUUUGCGCCAGAUAUUCCCCAUGACGCCUACAAGGUCCAGACCUUCGUUUUGCUAACUCUCGCCGCGUAUGCCCGUUUCGAGCGAGAGCAAGGAGUCCAGGCGCUCAACGCUGCCAUCAGUACUGCCUAUGAGAUUGGCCUCGACUCCGACACUUAUGGCCAGGAUCAUGACCCGUUACUCCGUGAGAGCUGGCGAAGGACCUGGUGGGAGCUGUACACGGUGACGGGCCUCAUUUCGCUCGUCAGCGGCACUCAUGCGCGACUAAGUCUGCCAGAACGCAGAGAGUUACCGGGCGACUGCAACGCCUACAACGCAUCAACGCCGUCGUCCACACCUCACAUGGAUGUUCGUGAUAUGAGGCGGCGCUUCCGAGCCGAGGAAGCUGCGACUUGUUCCUCUUUUGCAUACAAGGUCGAGGCUAUGCGAAUUCUGUCAAUGGUACUGGACACUCCUAUUCAACGGCAAAACGACAGUUCUUCAGCAGGGUCGCAGGCUGCUGAAGCAGCUGUUGCAAGUUUCCUCUUGUCACUUCCAGACGAUAAGCGUGAGGCACUCAAGGCGGACGGCGAGGUCGACGAGGUGAUGAGCUGCGCUCU